AAACAGGAAGUGGCCUCAUUCCUCAGUAAACAUGAAACUUAAAGCACAAACAUGAACAUGAGGGACGAGGGGAAAUACUCAGAGCGGCCUGACUGACGACAUGAGACAACCUCUGCUCCUUAUCACGCUGUCACUGGCAGUCCUCCUCUCUGCUGAUGUACUGGCUCAGAGCCCGGUGCAGAUCCAGUUCCAGACAGACCCGGUGCUGGUUCAGACCGGCACUGAGAUAGUGUUCACGGUGCUGACGGUGCCUCAGGUCCUGUCCAUCACAUGGGAGUACCAAGGAAGCGUGGUUCUGGGUCUGUGGGCCGGAGGAGCUGCUACGGUCAAUCCGGUGCCCCAGUUCCUGGGCAGGGUCACCAUCGCUGCCACCCAGCUGAGGAUCGGAGACGCCAGGCUCCAAGAUGCGGGGAACUACAUGGUGAUCGUGAUCCCCUUUGGAACAGGCCAGACCCAAAACUCCAGAUCCGUACAGCUGAGGGUAUUUGACGCAGUGGCCGGGGUGAGUCUGGUUGUCCCCUCAGUGGCGGUGGAGGGGAACAAUGUGUCCCUGAGGUGCACGUGGACCGCGGGGACUGAGAUCACCGUGCAGUGGGGCAAAGGAGGCGCAGCCAUCACUGACGACCCCAGGAUCACCAUCUCCGCCGGCUCUCUGGACAUCAACCCGGCCCGACGGGGCGAUGCCGGGGACUACACGUGUACCGUCAGCAACCCUGUCAGCGCCCAAACCGACACGCAGCGCCUCACUGUCUACUAUGGCCCCGACACCCCAGUACUGACCAAGGACACCCCUAAGGAAUGUGUCGGGGGAGGGGACGUGUUGGUGGGACAGAUUGUGCGUCUCACCUGUACGUCUGACUCGCUGCCCCCUGCCCAGUUCUCGUGGCAGCGUGACGGACAGAGCGUCGCGUCGGGCCAACCGGACAGCGGGUUACUGAGCCUUCAGACUUUCUCAACCGAUGAGAGCGGCCUCUACGUCUGCACGGCCAAAAACACCAUCACUGGCGGCACCUCUGAGAAGGGGACAGACUUGGCCGUCGUAGAAACAUGUCUAGAUGGAGGGGAAGUGGCGGGGAUCGUGAUUGGAUGUUUUCUGCUGAUCCUAAUCAUCGUGCUCCUCAUCGUGCUCAUUGUUUGUCUCAGACGGAAAAGGAGGGAUCAGUUGAGACAAAGGGAUACGGUGUUUGUGCAGAAUACCAACCCAAACCCCAGGCCUUUGCCUCCAGUACCACAACCUAUCGGUGCAAGGGAAUUGGGCCAAGGUCCCCCCCUCCAUUACACUAACACGCUCACACGCCACCCUGGACGCUCGUACUCAGCCCUGCGGGAAACCCGUGGCAACCCGCAGACAGUGCCACUGAACAGCCUGCGCAACUCUGACACACACCGACACAAUGGUCAUACCCACACAAAUGGACUGCCACACAAUGCCAUUCAGAACACCAAUUCAUACCCACACAAUGGCAUUGACAACCAAGCUUUCACGCACAGCGAUGCUCAGAAUGCAAACACGCUCCCAAACACACAGCAGCAGAACUCUAAUGUUCUCAUACAGGCGGGCCCUUCCCAGGGCGGCAACCAGCAGCCGGCUGUUCAGGUCAGCCUCAACACGCUGCCACAAACUGCCCAGCACAACAGCAGCGCACAAAUGCCCACAAUUCACGUCAAUCUUAACUCGUACCCCACCAACGGCCAACAGCCUCAGCAAGACGCUUCAUUUCCCUUUUCCAACGCAACUAAUAAUAACACUUCACAAACACAGCAAAACCCGUCGCAUACAGGUCAAUCAAAUCCCAGAAUGCAAAGUGGGCAAUCCUAUCCCAGUGACCCCCGACUGAACGGUCACAUAGAGGAUUCAGGUCAUCAAGCUCAGCCGGGGCUCAUACCGACUGGGUACACACAUUUGAACAAUAAUAAUAUUUCCCGGCAAAAUGCCGACACGCAGACGUACGAGCCGGACACAGCGCGUCGUGGUCGAUCUGAUAGAAACCCAGAACGACACGAUGACACUCCCAGCUCCUCUCGUCAACAGAUGCCAUGGGAUCGCCAGCGAGGGACACCUUCCUAUCCCAGCAGUACGCUUCAAAGAAGACAGUUACCCACUGAGUACACCUCCGACAGCACAGACUACACCACCCAACCGCCCAUACGAGAGGCGAGGACAGAAAACAGAUCUCGACCUCGACCUCAGAGCAACAACACUUUGCGGAGCAGAGGUCCAACCAGUCAAGAGGCUCCGACAGAGGACAGACGGACGCGGGGCCGUUCAGUUGAUCCUCAAAACGUUCACAGUGUAGCAGAGUUUGUCGCCUUACGCCUCCCACAGAGAAGCCCCCGCACUCAAAGGGAGAGCGAUCCGCGAGAAAUCAGAGGUUCGCCUGGUAGCCAGAUUGCCCCCAGGCAGGAAGCCACACACAGCAAUAGCCCCCAGGCGCUGCCUCACACGAGCCAGCAGGCCUCUGUAGGACACUCUGCCAUGUCACAGGGACCCACAACACAGCGGGGACUGACUGCACCACAGAGUGCAGAUACGAGAGCUUUGGCUGAUCCUAAUCACCUUCCCCAGGCGCACAUGUCCCAGCAACAGAGAGCAGCGCCGAUCCAAAACUCACCACAAGGCCUGGGCAUGCAGCCUGUCGCACAUGGUGCCAAUCCCCCUCGCCAAGGAGGCACCGCUCCAGCCCCACACCCUACUGCCCAGCCUAAUCCCACCAACCUAACCCAGGCUGCACUCACAGCCCACACUGCGAGGGCUCAGACAUUUCAAAAUCGUAAACAACAGACCCAGGCUGCCCUGCUUCACCCCGGACCGCAGACACAAGCUCCUGCUGCUCGGGCUCAUCAUGCACCGAUACCUCCUCCUGUGAUGCCCCUCGCCCAGUUCCAGACGCUCCCCAAAGAGCGGACUCAGCACAGAUCCCCCGUCAGAGGUCCUCAGCCCCCCAGACCUCCUGUCAACAUACCAGUGACUCAACGGCACCUCGAAGCACAAAAGCGGCUGGAUGUGGAGCGCCGCCCUGCCGCCAACCACCAUCACCAUCCUGGAAACGGCCACGUGCAUGUCAGUCCAAACAGGCAUGCCCAUCCUCAUGCCCAUGCCCGGGGCCACGGGCACCCUGCCCACCCCACCAACCCACGACAGCAACAGGCUCAUGGAGGGAGACCCAGAUGAUGACAGGUGUCGGCAGACUGCACUCUACAACGCUUCCACAGUCAGUGACACAAACAAACUGACAGACAUGAUCCAAUAUACCAGCAAGCAAGAGACACUCAACAGAAGCUGUCAUGGUCUGGUGUCUCGGCACUGAAGCCAUUUUCUUUCUAAAAGAAAUGAAUCUGUCUCCAAUGGGGAUGAUGAAAUUUAACUUUUUUUGAUUUCUUAAAAAGAAAUGACAAAUAUCGAGAGGCUUGAUCUGUCUUUUUUAUAUAUAUAUUAAAAUUUUUUUACUAAAUUAAAUACGUUAAAUGAUUCUGAUGGAGUGUGUGGAGACUGGGGAGAGGGGUUGACCCACGUGUGUUGCACUGUGUUCACAUCUGAAGCGCUGGUCAGGCAUCACACUUUGGCAACAGCCUGCUCGGAGAAGACAGGUCCAGUGAUCCAUAGCUCCUGACCGAGCUCACAUCCACUCAUCCAUUCAUCAUCCAAACUAAACAUCACCUUGACCAGAUUCACUCAAGGUGCUGCUUCUGUCGGACAGGGGAAUCGAACAGUGACAGUAAACGAGAAACGGGACUCCGCACAAGCCCUGGGAACAGCGGGAAAAAAAGAAAUGAGCCAGAAGGGUGGUCCUCAUCUACACGGAACUAUUUAUUUAUGCGCCUUCUGUUUACAGAUGCCUUGUACUUCACUUCUCAAUUAAGAGGAUUCGCCUUGGUGGCUCUCGGAAGUAAUGCUCAGCUGACUAUGAAGGGGAUCCCACGAAUGGAUGGAGCUUAUUAAUUAAAUGCUUUUAUGUGACUUAAAUGACUUGGAAAAUAAUCACACCCAGUGCAUGAAUGAGGCGAACACAAAGACCUGGGCUGCCACGCUUUCUGCUGGAAAAGCCCAGUGCUGCAAUUCAGUGUCUGCGCUGGGUCACGGGCAGCACACUAAACAUGAUGGGAUGGCAUUAUUACUUACAGUUUACGUACAGUAUUUACUGUAUCACAUGUUAUGUUUUAAACUCAGGGGUGUACUUGUGGACAUUGAUUGUUUAGGAUUAUUUGCUUCUAUGUGUCAGUAAGUGCCAGCGAAUCACUUUCCAAGGAUCAGGCUGAUGCUAUUCGAUGUUUUUCUUAUUGUCGACAAAUCCCACAACCAAGGAUCAUCUGUAUAUAUAUGUGUAUUUUUGUCCAAAAACGAAUAAAGGCACAUUAAUCCGCCUCACUGUUGCACUGGGUGAUCGUGUGCAUCAUUACGAUGAAUGUUGUUUGAGCUAAUCACAAAAACAUGAUCAUGCUGAUGAAAUUACAAAUACUAGAACCCGCUCUAUACCUGCCUGUUUGUAACGCGCUGUUCUCUUGUCCUGUGUUGAUGCUGCGGAGCGACUCCUGAAUUAUUCCUUCUCCUUAGUGAGUCCUCAUCAAAACAGUUCUACAAUAUACUGUCACUUGUUUAUUGUUUGUGUGCUGGAACGUUGUGUGCACAGCUUUUUAUCUAUGGUGCAGAGUGAAGUUCGAAAACUUUGUGUUCAUCCUACCUGGUUUAUCUGCACCGAAGAUUUUAUAGUCUUUUUUUUUUUUUUAUCGUGUGUCCAAAAUGUACCAAAUAUCAGCACUGCACUUUCUCGGGUAGUUUACAAUACACAUUUAAAGUGUGAAGCCGAUUAAAUAUGUUCAUCCCCUGCUGAGAAUAACUACAAGUGUACUGUUCAAUGCUGUGUUGGUUAAAUUUGCUGUGUUUAGCCUUUCUUCAAAACACAACUGUGUUUGUUGAUCGGUAUCAAAGACUUCAGCAGCAACAAACACUCUUAGAUCCUGCAAGUCGAAUAAAUUAAGAGAGAAUACAUAGAAAAACACUUUUCAUAUCGCAGCCUUUACCUUUAAUAUCAAAAUACAAACUGUGAACUUCAACAUUGAAGGACUACACAACACAUCUGGUGGCUCCAGCCAAACAUCUGGAGCAUGGGAUUUACUGCACUGCCUUGAAAAUUUGUGCUGUUUUAUGAAAAUUAUUGCUCGUGAAUAAUUGAGGUGGAUGUUGAAUUCAAGUGUGAGACGCUACGAGGCCAGUAUUUAUGUUUGCUUCUCAGGGAGGAUAUUUGUACGUUGUUUGGGC